CUCAGGACAAACUCUCACACCGCGGGCCGUCUGUAGCCCGGAGUGAUCAUGCCUACUCCAAUUGGCAUCCCCCUUGUUUGCUAGUCGGUAACAGUGGAACAUCUUAUUACCGCAAUGCAUGUGCCAAUUAUGCUUCCAGUCGCUGUAAAGAACCCUGCGCUUGUGAGGAUGGUAUAAAUAAUUGGGCAAUGUCUGUUGACUCAUACUCGACCGUCUCUACCAUGAAGACUUCCCCUGGAUCCUCUUUGACAUUUACUCGUCCUCCUCUCGAUGGGUCACUCACCUACCCAGAAAUAUUCGACUACAACGCACAACACAGCCCAAACCACCCUGUCUUUCAAUUCUACGACCAGGACCAUAUUCAAAAAAUCACUUGGAGCGAGGUUACCAAGGCUAUCCACGCCGCCGGUCGUAUUGUUCUUGAGUACGUUCCUCGAACGGACACAGCCCCAGUUGUAGGAGUCCUGGCAAACACAGAUAGUAUCACGUUCCUCACCGUGGUCGCUGGGAUUAUACGCGCCGGGUACACUGCGUUCCCGAUCUCUACUCGCAACUCUCCCGCUGCGGUUGCUCACUUGCUUGAAAGCACUGGAUGCAAGAAUCUAUUUGUCAGUGCCGAUCCCGCUAUGCAGGAAGUCGCCCAGAUGAAUGAUGGUAUAAACGCGAUGCCGACGCCAACAUUCGAAGACCUCUACACGAAGGAUGAUGCUUCGGAGCCAUUACCGCGUAUGCGGCCGGACUGGGAACAACUAGCACUCAUCAUGCACUCUUCUGGAUCGACGCGUUUUCCCAGCCCAAUUCGUCACACGCAUCGGUUUUAUAUGAUGCACGGAGUUUGGUUAUCUUACGGUGACAUGGAUGUCUGCGGACACGUUCUUUCCGCACACGGAUUACCUAUGUACCAUCUUAUGGGCUGUUGGACGCUCAUGAUUGCUGCCUCAGACGGCGUAACCGUAGCGUUGCUCCCUCCCAAAAAUCUUUACGUGGUACCAACACCAGAGCGUGUUUUGGAGGGAAUAAUGGCAACCAAAUGCACCCUUGUAUUUUGUGUUCCUCACUUUUAUGAGGCAUGGGCGCAAGAUCCAGCUGCCCCUGAAAUUCUAGGAAAGGCUACAGUCGCAUUAUUUGCAGGCGGACCGCUUUCUAAAUCUGCUGGAGAUUUAUUGGUAGCCAAAGGCGUGCCACUUUGCCCUCUAUUCGGAAGUACCGAAACCACCUAUUUUGCUAAAAUAAUUCCCAAGGAAACGCCUGCUGAGGGAUGGGAAUGGUUUGAGUGGGCGCGUUAUAUUGAUUAUACCCUUCUCCCUGUUGAAGAAGAAGAGAAUAUAUUCCGUGUGAUCAUUAAGGAAAACACCAAGACGGGAUAUUCACCUGCGGUCUUCAACACCACAAUAGAUGGUGUCAAGGCUUACGACACCCAAGAUCUUUUUGUCAGGCAUCCCAUCAGUCCCGAAAUGUUCAAGUGUUACGGAAGACAUGAUGAUCAAAUUAUCCAUAGUACAGGGGAAAAGACAAACCCUGCACCGAUCGAGGGAACGAUUACCACCGACAAACGAGUGGCCGCCGCCAUUAUGUUUGGUCGAUCAAAAUUCCAGACCGGAGUGCUGAUCUCGCCUGCUCCGGGGUACGAAUUUGAUCCAACUAAUCAGAAAGACCUCGCCGCAUUUCGCGCGAGCAUCUGGGACACAGUAUCCAAGGCUAACAAAGAGGCGCCGCAACAUUCGAGGAUCUUCAAAGAGAUGAUCAUUGUUACACAUCCAUCCAAGUCAUUCACGUACACUGCUAAAGGGACCCCUCGACGGCCGGCUAUUCUGAAGGCCUAUAGCAAGGAGAUCGAGGCGGCAUACGAAGCGGUUGACAAGAUCUCUGCAUCUGACAUUCCGGCACCACAGGAAUGGAAUAUCGAUGAUAUUACAGAAUGGAUUCGGCGGAUUGUCCAUAGCUUUCUUCGCACUGAUGGUCAGAUAUCUGAUACACAAGACGUUUUUGCUGUUGGAGUCGAUAGUCUGAUAGCCACUGCAAUUCGCAAUACGAUCGUCAACACCCUUCGAAAAGCCAAUGUAAUCUCGAUAAGCACUAUCCGCGCACUACCACAGAAUUUCGUCUUCAAUAACCCGUCAAUUUCUGUGCUGAGUACCUUUGUUCAGAAAGUUGUGCUUGCAGCGCAGGCUACUGGAAAAGUGGAAUAUUCUGAGGAAGACUCGGACGGCGAAAAUGAACCGGUAGUUGAGUUCAUGAAAUUUCCCGAACCUGGCGAGACCGUCGUCAAACUUAGAAAAGGAAAAGGAGAACCGCCAUUGAUUGUACUUCACGGAGGUGGAGGCCUCGCGUUUGAUUUCAGGUCAUACCCAGAGAAGUUCCGCACGGCUGUGUGGGCUCUUCAAGUGACGCCAGAUGCUCCAAUGACAAGCCUGGAAGACCUCGUGACGUUCUACCGGCGUAGGAUAAAGGAGAAACAACCCACCGGGCCAUACCGCUUUGCUGGAUAUUCUGCUUCAAGUAUACUCGUCAUUUACUUGGCGAGGGUAUUUGAGCGGAACGGUGAUGUUGUGUCCCAGCUUGCCAUGCUCGAUCAUUUACCUUCUCUAUUCUUACACCAAAUCCCAUCCGACCAUCCUAACCGCCGGGAAGAGUUCAUCAUAGCCGGGAUCGAGAUCAUGUUCGACUUGAUGAUACGGGACAAGAGCAGGAAUAACUCUGUCGAUGUUUUACGGGCUGCUUUGAACGGGAGCGGUGGUUUGCCUCUACAUCGACUUGCGAUGAAUACGGCGCGAGAUAUUAUGGGCAUGAUUGCUGAUUUUUGUUUUCAGCCUCAAAUCGAACAGUGGAUGCAAAGCAUGAAAGAUGUCAAGGCUUCGGUUACGGUGUACGUUGCGGAGAACGGCGCAAAGCUUAUACCAAUGCCAGACGAGGAGCGAGAAGACCUGGGAACUUCACGUUGGUUGCCGAGAGCUAAAGUCGUGCAAGUACCCGGUGGUCAUAUGGAAUUUUUGGAGCAUGAUUUGGUUCUCACAGGACUGCAAGAAGGUUAUCUCUGAUCUUGUUUCAAUCUAAUAUCGUAUUCUUUGACCCUUCAAACAUCGAUGCAUUACUAGAAUUGAUUUCAGUUUGCCGGGGUCUCCCGGUGGAUGGUAUCUUGUAAUACUACCUAU